GCAGAAAGACAGCGCGUCUCUGCCUAGAAGGGGUUAGAGGGUUUGCUCGUUUCCAGUCCUGCCCAUUCUCUCUCAAGGAGGAGGAACGCAAGCAACCAGUGCUGCGAGAGUUUUGUCACACACACAGUCUCAGAUCAGAUGCUGACAUCUUCACAUCAGUGAGAACCUGCUAAAUAUACCCACCAGAGCCGUCUACGCGCAAAAGAGAGAACGGAAAUCAUUUAAGGGAGUGACCCGACCGCACGCCCGCAGAAGCGCCCACAGCCCGCUGCCAACGAGCCGAAGGACGCGCUGUCAAACCUCUCCAGACUUUGGAUUAUGAAAUUUUACAGCGCUGACUGACUGUGCAAGAAUCUCUCCGCUUUCCAGGGCUGUGAGUUUUCUUCGCGUUAUGGAAGAGGAGACAGCGGUCCCCUGAUCUGAGUGACAGGAUCUCUCUCCGGCUUACCGCGUGGAUUCAAAAAGAAUUCCUACACGAAAUCCUGAGGAUAUAACUGAACAGAUUUCUGUGAGGAUGUACUGGCGUUUGCUCUGUGUGACUCUAACGGCAUUGUCCGUGGUUCGCGCUCUAACGGAAAGUCCCUGCGGAGGGAAAAUCACAAUCACCAGCGCCGGGUAUGUGACCUCUCCCGGUUACCCAUCUGGAUACCCAGUGAACCAGCAGUGCAGCUGGCUGAUCCAGGCACCUGAUCCACAGCAGAAGAUCCUCAUCAACUUCAAUCCGCAUUUUGAUCUGGAAAGUCGGGAAUGCAAGUAUGAUUUUGUACAGGUGUUUGAUGGUGUGGAUGAGAAUGCUGAAUCUCCUGGGAGGUUCUGCGGCAAAAUCGCUCCGUCUCCGAUUAUCUCCAGUGGAAACUCUUUACUCAUCAAAUUCACCUCAGACUAUGAAAGCACUGGAGCCGGAUUCAGCAUCCGCUAUGAAAUACACCGCACAGGUACUGAAUGUUCCAGAAACUUCACAGAACCACAAGGAGUGAUUCAAACUCCUGGUUUCCCUGAUAAGUAUCCAAACAACCUGGAGUGCACCUUCAUCAUCUUUGCACCUAAGAUGGCAGAGAUUGUUUUGGAUUUCCAGAGCUUUGAUAUGGAACCGGACACAACCGCACCUGUGGGGGCCGUCUGCAGAUUUGACUAUCUGGAGAUAUGGGACGGAUAUCCUACAGUGGGGCCGCAUAUUGGUCGAUACUGUGGUUCCAGACAGCCAGGUCGUGUGAUUUCAUACACCGGCAUUCUCUCUCUCAGCAUCCACACAGACAACGCCAUCACCAAAGAGGGAUUUUCAGCCAAUUACAGCAUCCUAACCAGCUCAGACCCACCUCAGCCACAUCAAGAUGAGUGUAUGUCUCCUUUAGGAAUGGAAAGUGGUGAGAUCACAGAAGAAAGGAUAACUGCAUCAUCACAGUAUAAUCCCAGCUGGUCUCCGCUGCGCUCCAGACUGAACUUCCCUAAAAACGGCUGGACGCCGUCAGAGGAUUCUGCUCGGGAGUGGAUACAGGUGGACUUGGGUUUCCUGCGUUACGUGACGGCCAUAGGAACACAAGGUGCCAUAUCAAAGGAAACGAAGAAAGCAUACUACGUCAAAACAUACAGGAUCAGUGUGAGCUCAAAUGGAGAGGACUGGAUUCCCGUGAAAGACAAAACCAAACAAGCUGUGUUUCAUGGAAAUCAAAAUCCCACAGAUGAGGUACGCUCCAGGCUCCCCAAACCCAUCCUCACCCGUUACAUACGGAUUCGACCUCUGACCUGGGAACAGGGCAUCUGCAUGCGUUUCGAGGUGUAUGGAUGUAAAAUAUCAGAUACUCCGUGUUCCAGUAUGCUAGGGAUGGUUUCGGGUCAGAUUUCGGACUCUCAGAUCACAGCGUGGCCAUCGCCAGAGAGGGGCUGGCUCCCUGAACAGGCCCGGCUCUUAACCGGCCGAACGGGCUGGGUGGUCGCUCACCAGCAGGGUCUUGGGAAGAACCAGUCGCUGGAGCUGGAUCUAGGGGCCCAGCGGAUAGUAACGGGUCUCAUCCUGCAGGGAGGGAAGUACAGAGACAUGAAUAUUUUCAUCAAACGCUUCAGAGUUACAUACAGCACAAAUGGAACAGACUGGAGCCAAAUACUAGAGGAGAGCAGCAACAGAGUGAAGGUGUUUAUAGGUAAUCAGAAUCAUGACACACCAGAAGUACGUACUUUUGAUCCGGUGCUGAUGCGUUUCCUGCGUAUCUACCCUGAGCGUGGUUCUCCAGAAGGCAUAGGGUUAAGGCUGGAGGUUUUAGGGUGUGACCUGCAAGAGCCCACAACGCCUCUUCCCCUCACCACCACCAUGGAAACUACAGUAGUUACCGUCACUAGCGCUCCAGGGAAUAUUCCAACAGCCACCAUUACUCCAACGGCAGAGGAGAGUUGCGAUGAUGACGGAAACUGCCUUAGUGAGUCAGUGACAGACUACGACACAACAGAAACUGCAGUGGCAGAGCCAUUUCUGGAGAUGGAAGCAGUACCUGCAUAUAUCUGGUUUGCCUGUGACUUCGGCUGGGCUGAUAACCCCUCCUACUGUGGAUGGAGUCAGGAUGGAGUUGAAGGAGCUGAAUGGCAUAUAAAUAACAACAGCAAACAUGCAGAUCACAAACUGCCUAAUCUGGACCACACAGGGAAGCCUCAUAACUUCAUUUACGCAGCUUCUAACACAAACGCGCGGAUAGAGAUCGAGAGAAAAACUGAAGCGGAGACAGAUGAAGAACUGGCGAGAAAAGGCAGGGUGGCGAGGCUGGCCAGUUUGCCCGUCACGGCCCCGGAUUCAGACCUGUGCAUGUCUUUCUGGUACCACUUCACUGAGAAACAUACAGGAACUCUGAGCAUCAAGCAGAAGUUAGAGCAAUUAGAUUUAAAGGAGGAGGAGAGAGACGACAAUGAGCUUCUGAUCCGCUCUGUCAACGGCCAGAUGAAAAGCAGAUGGAGGGAAGGAAGAGUUCUGAUUCCCAGUGCCGACAGUCCUUAUCAGGUGAUCAUCGAGGCUCAAGUGGAUCCUACAGAUUCUGGUUACAUCUCACUGGAUGAUAUAAAGAUAUUGGAUGAAGUGGAUCCUGAAGAGUGCAAGGACCCAGAUAAUACAGAAGGUGAUGAAGAUGAAGUUGAUGAGAUCGUGAACUGUGAGGGAACUGACAACACCCUGUGGAGUUUUGGACGCGGCUCCAUGCUGAAGAGUUUAGACCCCAUCCUGAUCACCAUCAUCGUGAUGAGCGCCGUGGGAGUCCUGCUGGGCGCCGUGUGUGGGGUGCUGUUCUACUGCGCGUGCGCUCACACUACAAACAGGAACCUCUCCGCUCUGGAAAACUACAACUUUGAGCUGGUGGACGGAGUCAAACUAAAGAAAGAAAAACUUAGUGCACAGAAAUCUUACACGGAGGCAUGAGGAAUGCUGGAUGAAGCCGGGAAACAUUUGCUGGACAAUGUUGGAUGAACGUUCUUAGAACGCGGUUGCGUUGUUUCUCAAAGUCGAGACUGAGCGGUAUUCUCAGGACAUGCAGGAAGAGAAACUGGCCUAGAGGGCACCGUGUAUAGAUUGUACAGCCAGACGAUGAUUGUCUACUGUUUGUUUGUUCGUUUGUACAUUCGUUGCUGGUGAUGAGACCAAGACAAAAUGAUGAAUCCUCUCACACAGUUGGAAAUUUUUUUCUACAAUCCCCUUUUUUCAGAGCUGUACACAACUGGGUUUUCAGUGUUAUUGUGCUCGUUUAUGCUUGGAGACGUGUUUGUUUAGUUGGUAACUUACACUUCAUUCCAAUGGUGCCUUUAAACGUAUUUUUGUUGCCUUUUUACACAUGGGUUCCUCCUUAGACAGUCAUUCGCUCUUGAGCACAAACUGUUCACAGAUAUAGGCCAAUACAGGUCAGAGGUCAGCACAUAAUAUUACAUCUAAAAUAUCUCAACAGGACAUACACAUGACUUCUAUGUCUAUGUGUCUAGAUUCUACCGGUCCAUCUUCAUGCUAUAAAUAUUGUAAAACAACAGGUCAGAAAAUAUUUUGUUGGGGAAUCAUUAUAAUAUGACCAGAUUUCAUAAUUUAUUGAUUUAUUGCACAGCUCUCUGCAAUGCAGAUUUUAAAGUCAAUUUUAAGUAAAAAUGCUAAGAUAAUUUACUUGACAAGCAAAAUUGAAUAAGAUAUUAGCCCAAUGGCUAAUAAUGGCUAAUUUUUCUUGUUUUAAGCAUAAAUAUCACUGAAAUUAGUUUUACUGGUAUAUGUUUAAAAAAGAAUUGCUAAUGGUAUAAGAAAAAUAUUUUCUGUUUUUGAAUCGAUUAAUCACAAUUAAUCGUGAUUAACUGCAUCCAAAGUUUCGGUUUACAUAAUAUAUGUGUGUGUACUGUGUGUUUAUAUGUGUAUAUAAAUACACACACACAAACAUGUAUAUAUUUAAGAAAUACUUACAUGUAUGCAUAAACUCAUAAUUAUAUAUGACUUAUAUUAUACAUACAUACAUAUAUAUAUAUAUAUAUAUGUAAUUGUUAUAUAUACAUGUGUGUGUGUACUGUGUAUGUUUAUAUGUAUAGAAAUACACACACAAGCGUAAAUAUUUAAAAAAUACUUACAUGUGUACAAAUUCAUAUUUAUAUAUGCUUUAUACAUAAAUAUAAAUAUAUAUUACAUAAAAUUUUUAAAUAUAUACAUGUAUGAGUGCUAUAUAUAUAUAUAUAUAUAUAUAUAUAUAUAUACAUACAUGCAUAAAAAUAUACACAGUACAUACAUAUAUUAUGUAAAUGCAAACUUUUAUUUUGAUGCUAUUAUUCGCAAUUAAUCGACUUGACAGCACUAAUAUUUUUAUGUUUUGCUUCUCAAUUAAAUGUAUCGUUUUAAAAAUGUUUAGAUAUUUAGCUGGUAAAAAGACAACAACGCUCAUGAAUCAAGAUUUUAUUUUAUUAUUACUAAAUGCCCUAUAAAAUUACAGUUCUACUUCAGGGUCAUGUUACAGGUCAAUACAGGUCGAAGGGUCAAUGUUUAAAUGCUUCAUUCAUCUAAUAUAUCUCAACAGGACAUACGCAUGACAUAUAUAAAUAAGAGAUUCUACAGCUUUAUUUGGUCCAUUCCUCACUCUAUAUAUUGUAAAACAACAGCUUUGAAGACAUUCCAUGUGUCUAGUAAUGUGGAAAUCUUCUUUCAGCUGCCCACGUAACAUGUCUGUAAACUUGUGUUGCCAUGGUAUCGAGUGACAUCAUAUUUCAGCAUGACAUCACAAUGUCUGCAGACCAUCUGUGAAACUCCGGACCCCUCCUGAUCAGGAGACGCUGGGGAGACGCUCACUCUGGGAACGUCUGGGAAUGAAAGCGGAGACAAAGCAAAUGAAGCAUCUAAGAGCGCUAAUGUAGAAGCAGCUCCCAGAGGAAAUUAAUUAUAUUUGAAAGAUGUGAAAGGCACAAACUGAUCCGUGCUCUUAAGCGUCGACAGGACAACCUAAGAAAGAUGAGACGACGAGUGCUGACGAAGGCAUCUGGGUCUAUUUCACACACAGCAGUAAAGCAGUUUGUUUUCAGGAGACGCCAGGAACUUUUCUCCCUCCCCUCAAAUCAACCAACGUAUGUCAUUUUGCACUGAGAAUUAUAUUUAAUGACAGAUUUAGAUAGUAAUAAAAGUGUUAACUACUUUACGUUGUAAGAGAAAUCCAACUGUCGGUGUAACAGCUCACUUUUUUAAUGCUAUUUAAAAUCAAAUGGUAUUUUUCUUAAUCGUAAUAGUUGUUUUUGUGUCCCGAGGAACUGAAGUGACACUCAACUGGGUUUUCAUCACAGACUCUUACAGAAAAACUCAAUUUCACUUGAUGUUAUGAAGUCCAGUCUGUCUGGUGGCUGUUUUGUAUUCACAGUUCUAUGAUGAACAGAUAAAAAAAGACUAAAGACUUGAGUCCCACCUGCAUCAACUAAUUCAACCAAUCACCUGUUUGCAGCAUCAAAUCUAACCAAUCAGAUUUAUGAAUUUCUCAACAACAACAACAUUCCAAAGAGCGAAGUUAAUAAAGUUUUUAUAAAGA